AUGAGGUCAGUGAGGACCUGCCUCUCCCCGGGCCGGUCGCUACUCCUGGCGGUGCUACUGGUUGACUCUCUUAGCAAGGAUUUAAGUUUCCACCCGGCGUGGGGCUUUGACUCCUAUGAAAUCACCAUUCCCAAGAAGCUGAGCUUCCGUGGAGGGGAGCAGCGAGGGGCCAGGCACGUGUCCUACCUCCUGCAGGUAAAAGGCAAGAACCGCGUGCUUCACCUGUGGCCCAAGAGGUUUCUGUUGCCUCGGAAUCUGCAGGUUUUCUCCUUCACAGGACAGGGGAGACUCUUGGAAGAUCACCCUUAUAUACCCCGCGACUGCAACUAUAUGGGCUUGGUUGAAGGAAAUCAGGAUUCUGAAGCUACCAUAAGUACGUGCAUAGGAGGCCUCCGGGGCAUCCUGAAGAUCGACGCCGAUCAUUACCAAAUCCAGCCCCGCGGGGCUUCCUCCAAUUUUGAACACGUGGUAUACCUCCUGGAGAAAGAGGAGGAACUUCCUAAUCAGAUCUGUGGUUUAACUGAUGAUCAAACAAUAGAGCAGAUGGCCCAGCACGAGAACAUGGCUAGGACUCCAGAUUUUACUGAGUCAUAUGUGCACCAAAAGUACUUGGAAUUAGCCCUGGUCUUUGAUAACAGUAGGUAUUUAUAUUUGAACUCCAAUCUUACUCAAGUCAUAAAUGAUGCCAUUCUUCUGACUUCAAUUGCAGACUCUUACUUUCAAGAUGUCCGUAUGAGAAUACAACUAUUAGCUGUUGAAGUAUGGACAGACAGAGACAAAAUAGCACUUAAUUUCCCAGAGCUAUCGCAAGUUUUAGUCCAGUUUGUGCAGUACAGAUCACGUGACCUACGUCUUCGGAUUCCAGCAGAUUGGGCACACCUGUAUGUUCACAAAACAUUUAAGGAUGCACUUGCUCAUCACUGGGGAAGUGUAUGUAGUAUGAUGCCUUCAGGAUCUACAAGUUCUAUGCUCGAUAGAAACAUCCUUGGACCUGCCACUUGGACUGCUCAUGUUCUGGGCCAUAGUGUGGGAAUGACCCAUGAUUAUGAAUACUGCCAGUGUAAGGGUAGGCAUAGUUGUAUCAUGGGCACUGGACGAACUGGGUUUAGUAAUUGUAGUUAUGCCGAAUUUUAUUCACAUGUAAGUUCAGGAUUAAUCUGUCUAAAUAAUCUCCCAGGCCUAGGCUUUGUGGUUAAGAGAUGUGGAAACAAAAUUGUGGAAGAGAAUGAGGAAUGUGACUGUGGUUCAACAGAGGAGUGUGAAGAAGACAGGUGUUGUCAACCAGAUUGUAAAUUCAAACGAGGUGCCAGCUGUAAUAUUGGACUUUGUUGUCAUAACUGUCGAUUUCGUCCAUCUGGAUACAUGUGUCGGAUGGAAGAAAAUGAAUGUGACCUUGCAGAGUACUGCAAUGGGACCUCAGCUUUCUGUCCAAAUGAUACUUAUAAGCAGGAUGGAACCCCUUGCAAGUAUGAAGCCCAUUGUUUCAAACAGAGUUGUCAAUCCAGGUAUAUGCAGUGCCAAAAAAUUUUUGGACUUGAUGCCAAAGAUGCUCCUCAUCAGUGCUAUGAUGCAGUUAAUGUAAUAGGUGAUCAAUAUGGGAACUGUGGGAUUUCAGGAGCUCGUAAGUAUAAAAAGUGUCCCAAAGAAAGAUCCUUAUGUGGCAGGCUCCAGUGUAUAAAUGUUGAAACCCUCCCUGAUAUGCCAGAUCACACUAUCCUGAUAUCCACUCAUCUGCAUGAAGAAAAUCUCAUGUGCUGGGGCAUUGGCUAUCAUCUAGCCAUGGUACCUAUGGGGUUACCUGACCUGGGUGUGAUAAAUGAUGGUACCUCCUGUGGUAAGGAGCAGGUAUGUUUUAAUAGAAGAUGUGUGAAUAGCUCAGUCCUGAAAUUUGACUGUUUCCCGGAGAAGUGCAACCGCCGAGGAGUUUGCAACAGUAACAGAAACUGCCACUGCAUGUAUGGUUGGGCCCCUCCGUUCUGUGAGGAGGCAGGAUAUGGAGGAAGCAUUGACAGUGGGCCUCCAGGACCGCUAAAGGAAGGGGUGCCUAUCUCAGUUCAGGUUGUGUCCCUUAUGGUAAUGCGCCUUAUUUUCUUUGUUAUCUCAGUGAUUCUUGUGUUAUUUUGGAAUGUCCUAGAACACAUCUGA